AUGGAAAGCGGCUACACCGUCGCCUACGACGGCUUCGGCCUCCGCAUCUACGAUAUAAUGGUCCACUGGUGGAACGACAACUAUGUCUGGCGCUGUCCCUCCUCCUUCCUCAAUGAAUUUUUCUCUGCCAACGUUGGCCAGCGACAUCUCGAUAUCGGGGUCGGAACCGGCUACUUCCCCGCGCACCACCGCCAACGCGUGAUGCAGAAGGGCGAGUCCUGGCCCCAGCACCUCACUCUCGUGGACAUGAACACUCUCUGUCUCGAGCGAUCUGCCGCCCGCGUCGGCUGUCCCGAGCGCACCACGACAAUCCAAGCCGACGUGUUCGAGCCCAUCAAGGUGCCGGCCGCGGACGGCGCCGGACCCGGCACCACUGCGUCACGGAAAUAUGACUCCAUUUCGCUCAUGUACCUUCUUCAUUGCUUGCCACCGCCUUGUGCGCGGAAAGCGACUGUUUUUGCCCACCUGAAAGAGCAUCUGAAGCCGGAUGGGACGCUGUUCGGAGCGACGAUCCUGGGCCAGCGUGUGGAGCACAACUGGUUUGGGAAAAUAACAAUGGGCUUGUAUAAUUACAAGGGUAUCUUUGGGAACUCUGGUGAUGAUCCGGAGGUGUUCAAGAAGGAAUUAAUGAAUGAGUUUGACGAUGUUGAUGCUUGGGUUGUUGGUGCCGUGUUGGUUUUCCGGGCGAGGAAGCCUAAGUUGACUUGA